AUGAACCUCCAUGGCGUUGCCACUGCCCUUUUGCUUGUCGCGCCGACGUUACUAGCCACAGCCUACCUCAAUAAUACCUCUCAGGCGUUGAUGCAAGAUCCGUUCCUCGAUCUGGUUGACGGGUGUCCGCCAUGCCCUCGAUGUUUCGACUGCCACUACGACGAGUUCAAGUGCCUCCAGUUUGCGAGCUGCAGUAGUGCCAACGGGAAAUGCGUCUGUCCUCCUGGCUUCGGCGGCGACGACUGCGCAGAGCCGCUGUGUGGUUCCUUGGUCGACGGCAAGAAUAGAUCACCGAGAAGAGGCGAUAAGUGUGACUGCAAAGAUGGCUGGGAGGGCAUCAACUGCAACGUGUGCACUUCCAAUGAAGCAUGCAAUGCAUUAAUGCCACUGGGCCAGGGUGGUGUUUGCUAUCAAAAGGGUGCACUGGUCCACGAAAACUACCAGGUUUGCAAUGUCACCAACAAAGCCAUCCUGGAUCAGAUUGACCCUCGGAUACCAGAGGUUACCUUCUCCUGCAACGCGGAAGAAGCUACCUGCAACUUCCAAUUCUGGGUUGACCAAAAGGAAUCCUUCUAUUGUGCCCUCGACAAUUGCACUUCCUCGUACCAGGAUACCAAUGUCCGCAACACCACAAAGUAUCAAUGCCAAAAUAUAAAGUGUUCUUGCAUCCCCGACCGAUUCCUGUGUGGUGAAGAUGGCUCUGUCAAUAUUGACGAGUUUCUGGAGAAAGAGAUCAAGGGCCCGGCUUCCUUUUACUCUCAGCACACCUAUGGCGGGAGCUCCAAGGACGGUAGCCGGUUCGAAGAACCGGCCAUGAACAACUUGAUAUCCAUGAUAUUCGGCGACGAGUACAUCUCGCUACAAUGCAGGGCAGGUGAAUGUCUGUAUGAGACGGAUGUGCCUGGGUAUGAAAGGCCCAUCAAAGAGAUCAACACGCCCUUGAUUGCUGGAAUCAUAGCUGGUUGCGCCCUCUUUGUUGUUGCUGUCACGCUCAUAUCAUGGUAUCUUUCGCGGAGGGCGGCGCUCAAGCGAUGGGGUGCCAUUCGGCUGGGUGAAGGCGGUGAAGAUGAUGCUUCUCUAUCCAUGAUGAACCAUACCCCGAUGGCUUUGCAAUUUGAGAAUGUCUCUUAUGGUCUGAAAGGAAAAGAAAUCCUCUCGGGCAUUUCUGGGAUCGCCCACCCGGGACAGAUCACGGCCAUCAUGGGCGCUUCCGGUGCGGGCAAGUCUACGUUUCUCGAUAUUCUCGCUCGCAAAAACAAGCGCGGCACCGUCUUGGGCCAUAUGUACGUCAAUGGCGAGAAGAUUCUCGACGCGGAAUAUCGAAAUGUAAUGGGCUACGUCGACCAGGAGGAUACUCUUCUGCCAACUUUGACAGUUCACGAGACUAUCCUGACCAGCGCGCUCCUGAGACUGCCGGCUGAUAUGGGGAUCUCUGUUAAAGAGCAGCGAGUCAUCGAAGUCAUGCAGCAACUCGGAAUCUACCACAUCAAGGAUCAAGUGAUUGGCUCAGAGGAGGGAAAUGGUCGGGGCAUAUCCGGCGGUGAAAAGCGACGGGUUGGUAUUGCCUGUGAGCUUGUUACUAGCCCCAGCAUACUGUUCCUCGAUGAACCAACCAGUGGGCUCGACGCAUUCAAUGCUUUCAAUGUGGUGGAAUGUCUGGUAACCCUGGCCAAGACAUACAACAGGACUGUCAUCUUCACUAUCCAUCAACCUCGCUCAAACAUCGUCGCACUGUUCGAUCAGCUCAUCCUUCUUGCCAAGGGGCAAGCCGUCUAUUCUGGUCCCUUCUCAAGCUGUCAAUCAUACUUUGAUCACAUUGGGUACUCAUGUCCGCCGGGUUUCAACAUUGCGGACUAUCUUGUGGACCUGACGAUGCAUGCUAGUCUUCCGCGUUCGCCCAUAUUUGAGGACGUUCCGAAAGACUUGCUCGACCGAGAUGGCCCGGCAACGGAAUCAAGCAGUACCAGGGCUGUCAAAUCCAUUGCAAGUGUCUCCAACGUGAGCGUUGAGAGUCCACGUGAAAUCCCGACACGAGUCAGACCGAAGAGGCGGAUUUCAUUGAAGCAAAAGCAGGACCGUCAGUUGUUCACUCGAAAGAAGAUUGCUGGGAGCGAGACUCCGCCUACUCCAAAGACUGAUGACGAGGACACUGUGGUGGGAAGAGCAGCCGGCAGUAUGCGGAGCUGGUUGCAAAUGUCGAGGAGAGAUGGGUCGAACCCACCACCACUUCUGGAGGACCCUGACGACUUACCGCCUGACGCCAGCACCGAUCUGGACAUUCUGGUAGCCAGUUUCAGGAACUCUGAUGUUGCCCAGACGAUUCACGAUGAAAUUGCAGCUUCAAUCCAAGCUGCCUCGGCGGCAAACGGCCACGGUGGGGGUGAUACUGAAGCCGUCACCGGCUCGAUUAAAGGUUUCCGGCGGGUCAGCCUUCCACGACAGUUUUUGAUCCUCUCCAGGCGGACCUGGCGGAAUCUGUAUCGCAACCCGAUCCUGAUGUUGACCCACUAUGCUGUUGCUAUUUUGCUGGCAGUGUUGUCGGGGUGGCUCUUUUACGGCGUUACAGACGACAUUGGCGGAUUCCAAAAUCGGCUUGGUCUCUUCUUCUUUUUGCUAGCGCUCUUCGGUUUCAGCGCCUUGACCAGCUUGAACGUCUUCAGCGCCGAGCGGCUGAUCUUCGUGCGAGAGCGUGCCAAUGGAUACUACUCCCCAAUCACUUACUAUGCUGCGAAGCUCAUGUUCGACAUUGUGCCGCUCCGACUCAUCCCACCUAUUAUCAUGGGCGUCAUCAUCUAUCCAAUGUCUGGACUUCUCCCAAAAUGGGGUGUUUUCUUCACUUUCAUACUGAUAUUGGUUUUGUUCAACUUGGCCGCGGCAGCUAUCUGCUUGACGAUCGGUAUCGUAUUCAAAGAUCCUGCUGUCGCCAAUUUGAUUGGUAGCUUGGUGAUGUUGUUCAGCUUGUUGUUUGCUGGCUUGCUCCUCAAUCUCAACCAUGAUACAGUCCAAAAAGCCGCACAAUGGUUGCAAAUGUUAUCCAUCUUCCACUACGGAUACGAGGCUCUCAUCGUGAACGAGGUAGCCAAACUGCGUCUCAAAGACCACCGAUAUGGCCUUGACAUCGAGGUACCGGGUGCCAGCAUUCUCAGUGCCUUUGGCUUUGACAAUUUGGCGUUGUGGAACGACGUUAUUGGCCUUGGCGUCUUUGCAGGAGCAUUCAUCAUCAUCGCAUAUGGUGCUAUGCAUUUCCUGCUCGUUGAGAAGAGGUAG